AUGAGCGCUCAACAGUACUAUCAAGGUGGUAACGAUCAAGGAUAUGAUCAACAAAGAGGAUAUCAACAGAAUAACUAUAAUAAUCAACAAUAUGCACCACCUCAACAAGGUUAUCCUCAGCAACCACAACAAACAUAUCAACCACCUCCUGGACCACCUCAAGGAGAAUACAACCAACAACAACAACAGCAACAACAACAGUAUGGUAUGAAACCUUCUCAACCAUACGCUCCUCCUCCAGGUCCACCUCAACAGGUGAACACCGAGAAUAACAACGGCUACAAUAACAAUUAUCAGAACGAAGCAGGACCCCCUCCAGCAUACGUUGAUACGGCGCCUUUCUCACAAGCGGAUGAGAAAACAGGUCAAAGACUAAAUCCUAGAAAAAGACUGAAUGAUCCUAUUUUCUUGGCUUUAUUCGUAGCUGCUCUAGCUGGUUUCGCUGUCGUCUCAGCUAUAGCCAUCAAGAGCUUCGUCGAGGUCAAUGGGCUGGGUGGUGGCCUGGGGAACGAUAGCCAGGGUGGUACAGGUACCAGUACAACUUUAGACUAUCACACAGUAUAUCUUCUUCUUUGUGUUUGUGCUUUGGGUUUAGUCAAUGCAGCUUUAUACAUAGCUUUCGUUCGUGCUUUCACAAGGAUUGUCAUUGAAGUGACCCUUGCUUUGACUGUAAUCCUCAAUAUCGGUAUUUGUGUAUACUACUUUAUCAUCAAAUACUGGUCCGGAGCUGCUAUCUUCCUUGUCAUCGCGUUGUUAUCCGUGUUCUUCUAUUGGUCGAUGAGGAAGAGGAUACCCCUCGCCAAACUCCUUCUACAAGUCACAAUCGAUAUCACAAAACAUCACCCUUCCGUCUAUCUCGUAGUAUUCAUAGGUUUGAUCAUCCAGACCGCUUUGUCAGUGUGGUACACCUUUACUUGUAUUGCAAUUUAUGUCAAAUGGACUCCUGGCAGUGCAGCUUGUACUGGUACUAGUUGUUCGUCAGGCAAAGUAGCUGGGUUAAUCUUCUACUCCACUUUUGCCUAUCUUUGGACUUCUCAAGUGGUCGGAAACGUCAUUCUUUGUACAUUGGCUGGAGGUGUCUUUGGAGGAUGGUACUACUACGGACCUAGAGUACCUAACGGUGGAUUGCCCAAACGAGCUACACUUUCAGCUUUCAUCCGAGCCUCAACAUUAUCCCUCGGAUCAAUCGCUUUUGGUUCAUUGAUUGUUACAGUCUUGGAACUGAUUAGAUUAAUCUUACAAGCUAUUCAACAAUAUGAAGCAGGAGAAGGUGAUAUGGUAGGAGCCAUCGUAGCUUGUUGUGCUACAUGCUGUGUGGGCUGUAUUGAAUCAAUGGUGGCUUGGUUCAAUAAAUACGCCUAUAUCGAAAUUGCAUUGUAUGGUAAAUCAUAUAUCCCAGCUGCCAAAGAUACUUGGAGAUUGCUAAAGGACAGAGGAAUUGAUGCUCUGGUCAAUGAUUCACUUGUCGGAACUGCAUUGAUGUGGGGAGCUUAUCUCAAUGGAUUCUUAUGUGCUGUAUUAGGCUAUCUCUACCUCAGAUUCACAAACCCCGCUUAUAAUACCUCUGGACAAUACUCUGCGCCCGUCAUUCUCUUCUCAUUCUUGAUUGGAAUAAACGAAGGUCAAGUUAUCAACAGUGCCAUUGACGCUGGUGUAUCUACCAUCUUUGUUGGAUUGGGUGAAGAUCCGAUGGUUCUUGCUGAGAGAAGUCCAGCAUUGUUUGAAAUGAUCAGACAGGCUUACCCAAGAGUUGUCGAGGGGGUCCCUCAGCGAUAA